AUGUGGAGCACAAAACUGCAGCUACUGAUCCUGCUAAGCGGAGCCCUGCUCAGUGCCCGAGCUUCACCAACUGGAGACCAAGCGGAAGAAGUCACUGUAACCCAUCCACCACCUGAGCAACUCGAAUCGGAAUCGCGCUCGCAGAAAGAGGAUGUCUUGGAUGUGGACGAGGACCUAGAUGGCAGGAGUGCCUAUGUCAACAAUCAGUUUGUGCCCAGUGAGCCCGUGGAGCUGUUGGAGGAUGAGCAGAAUGCGCCGCUCUAUGAGAUACUUCAGAAGCAAAUGGAGCAAGUCCUGGCCUCCACAGGUCCCAACGACCCCGUCUACGAGCAUAGGGAGAAGCAGGAUAGACGAGAUCAGCAGCCUCCUAAUCGACCACCCCCUCUCUUCACCAGCAGCCAUCCGAACGAUGCGGAAGUGGAUGAUGACUAUGAAGAUGGGGAGGAUCGGACGGAUUUGGGCUACAGCGAUCAAGAGAAGCCAGAUGCGGCUUCCGUGCUCGAGGAUGAUGAGCAGACCGAGACAGGCUAUCAAUUGCCACAGCCACAGAAGCCAUCAACCACCACUCCCAGCACCACCCGUAGACCCCACAAACGCCGCAGUACUACAGCGCAUCCGCGCACCACUCGAGCAAGGACCUCAGCUCAACCCAGAGCCACCCCAAAGCCAGCGAACCUAACCACCAUUUCCACCACCAGCUCCAUUGAGGUGACACCACCUCCGACAACCCCGAUCCCAAGGCCCAAGGCCAGUCCCAGUCCCAGUCCCAAUCCCCGGCCACUGCCGAAUCCAUCCAACAGUCUGCCCAGCGAUCCUCAGGUCUAUCAGCACAAGCGCCGCAUCAUUUUCAAAACCAUCUCGACGGGCUCACAGUUCAUCAACUCCCCGAUUGGUGAUCUUAUGAUUAAGUUCUCCAUCGGCUUCGCCAGACCAGCUCAUGGUGAGGCACCAGUGCCGUCCAGCGAGGCGCUGCGUGCCCUUUCGAACAAUUUACUGCGAAACAUAGAACUCCAGAAACUGAAGAGAGCCAAUAAAGUCCAGAGAGAUUGAUAAAAUUUAGUU